AUGAUGAUUAAAACAUACAAAAUCCAUGUCCAAUAUCUUCUGGCAUCGCUAGUCGCUACUACGCGUCAACAAUGGCAGAUUGAACGCAACCAAAGAGCAGGCAUUUAAGAGUUCACACCUUAACAUCUCUUCUUCCCAAAUUCUCACUCUCCAGGUCUAGGGUUUUUCAUUUUCCCCCUCUUUCUUCAAUUUUGACACAGUCAAAUCAAUCCGGCUGAAAAAAAAGCAAGGCGGAGAGCUCGGAGAAAUGGCAAAUCAAGGUGCGAAGAAGCGAAGGGAAGAGAACACUCGUCAUAUGAACAAUCUCUUUCGCAUCAUCAUCGCCUGCAAUGCCAUUUAUGUCAUCUUAAGGGCAGGGUUCUUCUAUUCCAGUUUUACAUGGCUACAUUGGAUUGGCCUUAUACUGACUUCCAGUGCCUACUAUCUAUGCUACAAACAACUGGCAUCAAUGGCAAAGCCUACCUAUACUGAUAAUGGCGACCUUUUAGAUGGUGGAUUUGAUAUGAGUACUGGUGGAGCUUGUGGAUACCUGCAUGAUGUUAUCUACAUUACUUGCUUUGUGCAACUCAUGUCUAUCAUCUCUGGGAAGUUUUGGUGGAUAUAUGCUGUGAUACCAGGAUUUGCAGUGUAUAAAGGUUGGGGUUUGAUUAAGGGAUUUCUCCCUCAAGGUUCACAGGAAGUUGAAGAGGAUGAAAAGACUCGAAAGAAAAGAGAGAAGAUGGAGAAGAAAGCCUCGAGAGGCAAAUUUGUGAAAACAAAAACCCGAUAGUUCAAAUUGGUAAUGUUUUUUCUUGUGAUCUGAAUAUUUUAAGUUUCGCUGUAAUGAUAUAUACCCAUACGCUAAUCUGCUUGUGUUUAGAUUUAUGGACUAGGAAUUUACUGAAGCUUUUCGAUAUUUGAUUAGUUGCUUGAAAGACUACUAAAACCUCCCCUUUGUCU